UUCGUCAUGUACGCGGCUGGAAAAUAUUGCAGUCCUCGGCGUUGCGGCUUCUAUAUCAUUGCAUUCCUCAUCUGUCAGUUGGUUUUCUUAGUUAUAUUUAUACGGAAUGAUCGCUAUAAUGCUAUAUACACAAGUGAACUGUUAGCUUACAAAAAUGUCAGUGGGCAUAACUACCUGGACUGGCGUGUAUUCAUAUCGCAAACUCCAGAAACAACGGAGGACUUUUACCAAUAUAAUAUUGAACUGAGUAACUCUUUGGGUCUUAUACGUAAGUUGCCCGUGACAAGGCAUAAUAGUUGCACCACUCGAAAACCAAUACUUCCGCCCCUUUUGGAGGCCAGUGUGAGUGUGGUGAUCAGUUUCCACAAUGAAGCGCGUUCCAUGCUGCUGCGCACCAUUGUUUCCCUGCUGCUUCGCACGCCGGAGGACUAUCUACACGAGCUAAUUCUGGUGGACGACGGCAGUCAGCGGGAUGUGACCCUGCUGGACGACCUCGGGCGCUGGAUGGGCGGAGUAUUCGGGUCGAGGCAACGCCUGCGGCUCAUCUUCCUCAGGAACGAGGAGCGCAUGGGCCUGAUUUGGUCGCGCAACAGGGGCGCCUCCCUGGCCAGUGGACGCUAUGUGCUCUUCCUGGACAGCCACUGCGAGGUGAACGAGGGCUGGCUGGAGCCGCUGCUGGAGCGACUGGCUGGCAGUACCAAGCUGGCGGUUAGUCCACUACUUGACCCCAUUGAUCCGACCACGCUGAGCUACCGGAAGGGCAACGAGCUGCUGAAGGGCGGAUUCGACUGGUCCCUGCACUUCCACUGGCUGAAACGGCAGCUGGCCAGUGAGGAGCGCCUGGAGAUGCCCUACCAGAGUCCUGCCUUCGCUGGCGGUGUGCUGAUGAUGUCACGCGACUGGUUCCUUGAGCUGGGCAGCUUCAAUCCGUAUCUGAAGAUCUGGGGCGGCGAGUCCAUCGAGCUGGCCAUUAAACUGUGGCUUUGCGGCGGACAAAUUGAGAUCGUGCCCUGCAGUCGAAUCGGACACAUCUUCCGCCGCCGCCACGCCUUCGACUUCCCAUCGCAAUUCGACCAGCAGCUGAGUCCGGCCCAGGAAAUCUAUCUGCACAACUCAAAAAUCAUAGCCGAGUCCUGGCUGGACGAGUAUAAAAAUAUGUUCUACGCACUGAGGCCGGCGGCCAGGCGAAUUCCACUGGAUCACACCUAUGAUGAGCUGCAGCGGAUGCGGACGGAGCGGCAGUGCCAUCCUUUCGAGUGGUAUCUGCGGCAUGUCAGCCCCGAACUAAGGCUGCACUUCGACGAGCUGUCGGCCACGGGAACGUUGCGGAACGAGGAUCGGUGUGUGCACGCCAGACACCAGGACUCGCCGCUGAUCCUGGCCAGCUGCUACCUCAGCGACAUCACCCAGUGGAGCCUGCUGCGCCAGAGUGGCCAACUGAGCACCCAGCGAGAAUUCUGCCUGACUGUGGGACUCGGGAUGCGAGUAGCACUGGAGCCGUGUGGCCGCAAUGAGACCGCGAGGAGGUCGCAACGUUGGAUGCGCCUGGGCACCCGACUCCUGCACGUGGAGACGCACCUGUGCCUGGAUAAUCCGCUCGAGGAGCGAUUGGAGAUGAGCACCUGCCGUUCGCAUGCCGUGUCGCAGUCGUUUCAAUUUGCAUUGGAAAUGGAGGGGGGGCGCACAUAAACUUGGCUAAUGAUACUGAAACUGAAUCCGAUAACGGCACAGAUACUGAUACACAUUCGAUGAACCUGAGCCUCUUAGUUACCGGUGCUCAGGUGGCUGAGGUUGUGGAGUGGAAUCUCUGGGCAAGCAGGUAAAUCAAAACGCUGACAUGUUGUGCUAAUCUCUGUGAAACAUUUCCGCUGCCGCAGCGGCAUGCCCAUAGAUUACGGAGGCUCCGGUUGAGGGUUGAGGGUUGAGGGGAAGCAGUAAAUUAUGGCGCCAUGGAUAUACGAAAAGGUGCUUCUGCAACUCCCAACUCCAGUCGCCUUUUUUUUUUGUUGCCGCUUCGCAGCCUUUGUUGCCGGAGUCGGACUAUCAAGACUCGCAACGCUUCCUGUCGCAUCCGUCACACGAGACAGGACAC